AUGAAUAAAGUUACAAGAAAACAGUUAACCCUUGGAGCUCGUAGAAAAGAUAGACCGAAAAAAAGGAGACGGUCCUUUAAUGGUGAAAAUACGGAAACUGAUGAUAGUUCCUUCACGAGCACCUCAGCAAAAAAAUUAAAAGGUGAUGAUAGAGAGCACGUGCCAGAAGAGUACACGCUCCAAUAUUCAAUCAUAGAUUUUGCCUUGGUUUUCUCAACUCUUUCAUCGUUUGUGCGGUGUUCUAACAUUAUUAAAAAUGAAGAUGAAGAUCAAUUGUGUAAUGGUAAAGUACAGUUUAAGCAAUGUUCGAAAUUUGGUCUGGGAUUUAAAAUCGUAGUAGAAUGUGAACGAUGUGAUCCGAAAUAUAUUUUAUCUUGUCAAAAAAUCGGAAGAAUGUAUGAACUAAAUCGCCGGUUCUUUUUUGUUAUGAGAAUAUUGGGCUUAGGGCUCGCCGGAUGCAAGAAAUUCUGCGGCUUGAUGGACAUAAGCAGUUCAUUUUUAAACCAGUCUACAUACGAUUUUUAUAUUGGUAAAAUAUAUGAGUGUAUUGAUACAGUUACUCAAACUCUAUUCUCAUCUGCUGCUGAAGAAGAAAAACAAUUAACAAGUCUUGAAAACGAUUUACAAGAUACGACAGAUGUGAGUGUUUCCAGUGACGGUAUCUGGAACAAACGAGGUUUCUCAUCACUAUUUGGUGUGACUUCACUAAUGGGAUAUAAUUCGGGAAAAGUGUUGGAUGUAUUGUUGAAAUUUUCUUAUGUGAAAGCUGGAAAAAUAAAUUAG